AUGACUAUUCCAGCCAUUGAAGGGACCAACAAGGUCGUCUCCGAGAAGAUGUUCACCAUCUCGGGACUGCGCACCGCCGUCUUUGGUCUUGACGAACUGCCGCCACAAGUGACCGAAGUCGCCUGUCUGUGGCUGCUGAACCCGCGCAUGUUGACCUGGGAAUACAUGCGCCCCCUCGCCGCAGAAGCCAUCGGUAACUGGAACGAAAAGCUCGCUGCCGGCAUUGAAUUAGCAGAUGGCACACCCCGGCGAGGCCUCAUCGCGGCUGCCUUCGAUCAACGGAAUCACGGCACCCGAUUGGAAGAUGAACUUGCCAAUGAGUCCUGGAGAGGAGGAGAUACGCGCCAUGCACAAAACAUGUUUUCCAUCUACCAUGGUACCUCAAUUGACGCCUCUCAACUCCUCACUCAUCUGCCCUCUUACAUCUUCCCCCCCUCAGAAGAUGGCUCUCAGAUUCAGAUUACCAACAAUCUCGCCAUGGGUAUUUCUCUCGGAGGCCACGCCACCUGGCACAUGCUGCUGCACGACCCACGUGUGUCUGCCGGCUGCGUGAUUGUCGGCUGUUGCGACUACAUCCGCCUCAUGACCGACCGGGCAGAUCGAUCAGGCCUGAAGACAUGUGAAUCCGGCUUGCCUCCGGGAGGAAAGUUCCUUGGCUCCGUUGAUUUCCCUAACAGCCUGAUCGACGCAGUGGUCGAGCGGGAUCCCGCGGGCUUCUUGGUCGGGCGGAAAGCCGUGACUGGCACGGGCGCGGGCGCGGGUCAGGAGGAAUUCGACAAAGUCCAGCUCGUGGCUGACGAUCCUGCUGUUUCUUCUGAGCGCUUGCUCAAGCACCUCGGAGGCAAGGCAAUUCUUAACCUGGCUGGUGGCGCGGACAAAUUGGUCCCUUACUCCUGCGCUGAACCCUUCCUCACCUGGCUGAAGAGUCAGAAGCCUGUUGUUUCGCGGACCUUGAAUGUGCCGAAUGGGGAGGUACCACCUCCCUUUGUGGCCGACGGUGCAGUCUUUGGUGACAAGAACACUGUUUUCUUGGAAGACAACAUAGUUGAGGGCGUCCCUCACUUGACGGUCGCAAACAUGGUCCGGAUGGCUACUAGGUUCGUUGAGCAGGUCAUGAGUGGAACCGUUGGCCGUGCAAGUCCUCCGGCCUCGAGUAAGGGACCUACGAUAUAG